AAAAAGAAGAAGAAGAAGAAGAGGAUUUCCGGAACAAUGGCCGCCAAAACAAUGGCAAGAGUGUUUACAAUCCACGAACCUAAUUUAACUCUGCUCCCAAAAUAUAAAGUUCGGCUGUUUAUUUAGUCUGUCAGGUGUUUUUGGAAGUAUGCCGUGAAUAAUUAACAUCGGUUACGGCGUGGAAUUUAUUUAUAAAACGAGACACCGCUAACUUAGUUUGCUAAUUCUACUAGUAGCUUAGCCACAGCAGAUGCUAUCUGGACCGGAACCGGCUGCACAUAAUGCCAAGCACGAGACCGUUUUAAUCAGAUCCUAGUGCUUUAGAAGUAACGAACCGAGCAGCCACUUCUCAUACCACAGUCUGCUAGCUAUCCUGUCUUCUGAGCAGCACUAAAUGCUAGCCGAGUGCAGAUCAGUGAGCGUGAAAACAUGUCCAGUCCAAACCCGAACCCAGUGGGACUCACAGUAGCAGCUGGGAGCGGAGAGAAGGUGGAUCAGGUCAUGCAGCCGGUUCUGUUUGAAAUCUUUGGGGAGAUGUGGAAGGUGCAGGCUCGGUUAGGACAGGGAGGUUCUGCCUCUGUGUACCGUGUGAGUUCUGCCAGGUCCAGCUCUGCUGCUGUGAAAGAGUUUCUUCUGGACGCACAGGGUGGAGAUUACGGCUAUCUCAAAGAAAGAUCCGUGCUAGAAGACAUCCAGGGCCACAAGAAUAUCGUGACGCUGUAUGGCGUGUUCACCAAUCACAACCUGCUCGGCGUAGCGACCCGCUGCUUGUUGCUGGAGCUUCUGGAUGUGAGUGUGUCGGAGUUGCUGGUGAGAGGCAGCAGUCAGGGCCACUCCAUGUGGCUGAUCCAGCACUGCGCUCGUGAUGUCCUGGAGGCGCUGUGUUUCCUGCACCGAGAGGGAUACGUGCACGCCGACCUCAAGCCUCGCAACGUUCUCUGGAGCCCCGAUGACGAGUGCUUCAAGCUCAUCGACUUCGGGCUCAGCUUUAAAGAGGGGCACCAGGAUGUGAAGUACAUCCAGACAGAUGGGUACCGAGCCCCUGAGGCUGAGCUGCAGAACUCGCUGGCUCAGGCAGGACUGGAGGGAGGCUCGGGCUGUACCACUGCUGUGGAUCUGUGGAGUCUGGGCAUCAUUCUUCUGGAAAUGUUCUCAGGAAUCAAACUUAAAGACACUGUCAAGUCUCAGGAAUGGAAGGACAACAGUGCUGCAGUAGUGGAUCAUAUCUUUUCGAGCAAUUCUGUGGUGUACCCUGCUAUCCCCGUCUACCAUCUGAGAGAUCUCAUCAAAAGCAUGCUUCACCACAACCCAAACCGCAGAAGCACAGCCGAAGCUGCACUGAUCAGCCCCUUCUUCAGUAUUCCUUUCGCUCCUCACAUCGACGACUUGGUUCUGCUGCCUACGCCCGUCCUCAGACUGCUCAACGUGAUCGAUGACAGUCAUUUACACAACGAUGACGAAUAUGAAGAUAUUAUCGAGGACAUGAGAGAAGAAUGUCAGAAAUAUGGAUCAGUCUUAUCGCUGUUGAUUCCGAAAGAAAAUCCUGGUAAAGGCCAGGUCUUCGUCGAGUACGCGAACGCUGGAGACUCCAAAGAAGCCCAGAGGCUCCUGACAGGCCGCACUUUUGAUGGCAAAUUCGUGGUGGCCACUUUCUACCCGCUGAGUGCCUAUAAGAGAGGUUAUCUGUAUCAGACCGUGCAGUAAGGGUCUACACGUACAAUACCACGCCUGCACAAUCUGUUCCAGCAUGAAGAGUGCUUAGUUGUGAAGCCCAUCACGUUCUCACAAGUAUCUCGGCUAAUCUUUACUAUACAAAACAUUUAUGUGAGCUGCAUACACUUAUAGUGUGGAUACAUAUUGGUGCACAAAUGUGUCUUCUUCCAUGGCUUGCUUAUAUAGUGCAAUAAGGAGCUGUGAUGCUUUAGAGAAAGAGCACUUCUGACUCCCGACACAUGUUGGCGAUGUGAGAUAUUUCUCGCGUUUUGGAUCUGGAUCGUGUCCCGGUAAGAUUUCGCCCGUAUUCGUUGACGCUUUAAACUCGCCUCGGAAUGGCCUCACUGAAAUCUGCUCAUUGUACUGCACGUUUAAUACGCAAAUCAGCUCAUUACAUCCGAACACCGUCGUUUUUCCUCGUGGUUUUUAACUCCACUACACGUCAACGUCGGCGUUCACGGAGCACGUGCGUCACCUCUUGGGCGGGUUGAUUAUGGUUUGGAGAGCGAAUCUGCGUUUCCGCUUUCAUUUUCAUACUCAUCAUCUCUAUCCAGAUCUAAUCCUGAUACGCAUGAAACUCCUUCCUCUUUUUUCUUUUUUUUUCCGUGAUUACCUAAAAUCUAUAAGUGUUCGGUAAGGCUGCACAUAUUUAUGAAUUAUUGGCCCAAAAAAAAAAAAAAAAUUUGCAUACGACUGCUUGCACAGUGUAGAAGUCUGAACAUUUCCAGUCUACUCUAAAGUGAACAGAGACGGAAAUGUCACUUCAGUAGAGAGCACAAACAAGGGGAUAACGUAGUUGAUGAAGUUAUCUCCUCCUACUAGGAUUUUGAAGAAGUAUAUUUACCGUAGAACUUGAAUUUUAUAUCGUUUAAAUGCUCGUUUGUCGUGAAACACUUUCAGCGCCAAGUACUUUUUGGUGUAGAACUCACGCAGGAGUUUGCUUAUGAGUUUGAGGGCUCGGUGUAAAAUCUUUUCAGGCUUGUUUCGUAAAACGAAAAUACGUGAGGCGAUCUGGGAAAACCGCACUGGGAAUGGUUCUGUGCCUGAAUUCUGCCGAAGAGCCGGGGGAAGAGGAUGGGGAAACAAAACAGAUUUACGCCAAUUUAUUUGGUUUUUUUUUCUUUCGGUAAAAACAGUCAUUCUGCGUAACGAUGUCUAGUUAAGUGCGAGUUCCUCACACAGGAAAUGUCACACUUUGAUCAAGUUGUAGGAUGGCUACGUGCGGUCGAGAAAUGAAUACAAGCCUAAUUCAUUUCUGUAAUCAAGAUACCUUGCUGUCAAAUAUGUGCCUUUAAAUGCAAUUUUCUCUUAUGAUUGCGAUACAUAUUUCAAUUCAGGAAAUUCCACAGCGUUCAGUAGAAAAUGCUCAAAUUUCUCCGCGUGAAGGGUUUUCCCAGGCCGCCACACGUUUACUUUAGCGAGUCGCCAUGAGUGUCGCACUGAACCUGCGAAAGCUUCUCAGCCUCGUGUGGAUUUAUCCUGCUCUUUUUCUAGCAGCUCUUCACUAUGGUGCUUUGAUAUUCUCAUACAUGCUGCUGUAUUCACAAUGACGCUUCACUGCAGUCGCAUUUUUUGUUUGUUUGUUUUUUUCUUUUAAAAAAAACAAAACAAAACAUUGUAUGCCUGGUUUUGAGCCUUUUUGUUUAUUAGAAUUUGGGGGGUUUUCCCCCUCACACUUGUACUCUUAGUGGUACUUAACAAAAGCGUUAACAAAAAGCACAAUCAGGGAUUUUCAGAAUAGCAGAUGAGUAGCUCUGGCACUGAACUAAAAUCAGAAGUCUUUCAUGUCCAUUGUUUUUCCUUUUCAAGUACAAUUGCAGUCAUAAGUUUACAUACGCCUUGCAGAAUCUGCAAAAAAAAAGAGGGAUCAUAAAAAUUGCGUUUAGUUUUUUAAUUAGUUCUGCCCUGAAGAAGCUAUUUCACAUAACGGACGUUUGCAUCUAGUCCACAAGACGCAAUAAUAACUGAAUUUACACAAAUGAACCAGUUCAAAAGUUUAUACACGCUCGAUUCUUAAUACUGUGUCUCGUUACCUGGAGGACCAACGAUUGUUUUGUGAGAGUUGUUCAUGAGUCUCUUGUUUGUCCUGAGCAGUUAAACUACCCACUGUUGUUCAGAAAAAUCCUCCAGGUCCUGCACAUUCUUGACCGCUUUCCAACAGCGGCUAUACAUACGGCAUCUUUAUACGUUUAUAACCGAGAGACUCGUGCACAACUAUUCCAAAAGGUGAAAACAUUCACUGAUCCUCGAGAAGGCAACAGGAUACAUUAAGAGCCAGGGGGGUGUAGAUUUUUGAACAGGAUGAUCGGUGUAUGAUCGGUGUAAUAAUUGUUAUUAUUUUGUCUUCCGAGGAAACAUGUAAAUAUCAUAUGUAGCAAAUGAAGGGCAGUACUAAAUGGGAAAUAAAAUAAAAGAAACCAUAUAUUUAAACAAAAUAAUGACAAUUUACUCUUAUCCUAGUUUGACACUUUUUCAAACAAUGUACACCGGUCGUUCGUUUAUGUUCGUGCUGGAGAUAAAGCAGGGACUCUUUUGGUCUGGCAUGUUAAGAAAAUGUUUUAUGAUGGGAAAAGAAAACAACAUUGCAAAUUCCAGAUUGUGAGAUUUCCUUCCCUCUAUAGUAGCUUUAAAAGUUUGCGAGGCUUUAUUGAAGCUAUUCAAAGCUCUACUCCGUACGCUCCUACAGUUGACUUUGACCCUGAGUGUUUGCAGUUGCUUUCGGAUCGAGAUAAAGUUGUUUAGUCUUCCAGGCGUUGGUUUUCAGAGUUUAUAAUCAAGGAAGACGGUGUGUGUGUGUGUGUGGGGGGGGAGGGGGAGGGGGGGGGGGGUUAAAGAGUGUUGAGGCAUUAAGGUUGCACAUUACUACUGAUCGAAGUGUGAUACUGUGCUGAUUUGCGGGAUGGACGGGGUAUUGGAAGCUUUUUGUUUUCUGUCUUUUCUCUUUUUUUUUUUUUUUGCGAGUUUGUGGAGUUCUGCAUUACAUGAGCUAGAUGAUUUAUUCUCAGAGCUAACAAGUGUAAUAAUUUGAGCUGGCUAAACUGGUAGCUAACGCGAUGUAGUAGUGUUUGGAGUGCUAGUUGACUGGUUAAGUGCAUUAAUACAGACAUUAAUACAGCAUGUGAUCAUUUUGCAAUUACAAUUUUGCUCAAUCGGCCGACGCUCUUAUUUACGAUAGUGGCAGCACAAGAGUUAAGGGUCGUGCUCAAGGACCCAUCCAAGGCUGCUGAGAUUGAAGCUUUAAUUGCUGAGCCGUCCUGUAGCACACCAUGUUUAAGAUAAUAAUAAUAAUAAGAAGAAGAAUAAUCAUCAUGAUCAUUUUCAGCAAGUCACGGGCCAACAUUUUAUGACAUUAACUCCUCGCAUUACACACAAAAGACAAUGACACCGACUCGAUUUCUUUUCAGCACUAAGUGGCUGGGUACAGUUACAGGCUUGGUUUUGAUCAUCGGAGCGCGCUAAUUAUUUCGGUAUAUUUAAACUAAUUAACGAUGGGAAUUCAAGAAAAAUGUUUUUUAUUUAUUUAUUUUUUUUUUAAAUUUAAUUACAAGAGUAACAGGUUUACCUACAUCUACAAAAAAAAACCCUGUCAAAACCCAUGCUCAGCUCACUAAUUCACUGCUGCACACCACUACUGCGCUACAGUGAAGUGCAAGUUUAGACAAGUUUAGUGCGAAAGUCUUUCAGGUUGUUUUCCAGUAAGAAGCUAGAAAUAAUAAUAGUAAUAAAAAAAAAAAAACCUGUUUGUCCACCCUUUUCCUAUGACUAGUCCGUACAGGAUUUGGCUGAGGUUUUACUCGAUAUUGCUGCAUUAUCUGUGGGUUUUUUUUUUUUUUUGGCUAACAACUAUUUGAAUUGGCAAAAUUGCAAUCGUGCAAAAUAGUUCUGCAUGAGACCUUUCAGCUGUACUCAUGUUCGACUCGCGUGAAUCGAAGAGGGCUCUGGUGAUGACGUCACGUGGCGUGUUUCGCCCCAAAUCUACAGUAAUUUCGAGAGAUUUUUUUCAAUCGCAAGAUCCUGGAGGGACUUAGUAUGACUAUUAAUAAUAGGAUAAUAGUAUGACUAUUAAUGUACCAAAUAAAACCCUGAGCUAACUGAAGAAGAAUAAACGGAAAGCACUGUGACUCUAGUAUAAUCGUUUCCGCUCUACACGCCCUGCUGAAUGUUUUAAUGAUUUAAACAAGCACAUGAUGAGUAAGUAUCAGACAGCAAUACAUCACGGUCGGACGUGCCGAUACCGGCGAGAUCUUUAGCGUGCGAUCCGUUAAUCGUGGUUUAAAUUCAGAAAGGGAUUUAUAAAGCUUUGUCAACCGGAGCUUCAUGUGAACACCUGCAUGUGAAUCUGAUCUGAUUAGCCUGGCUAUUUCUGCUAUGCAAGGUGGGACAGGUGGUCAGACCGGGUUACUGAGCGGUGAUCUGAUUUAUCAUUUAAUUCUAAGACACGAACAAAGGAAAGAAGCUGCGCCUUGGUUUUGGUCUGCGUGAUAUUGUCACACCAAUUGUUAUGACAAAAGCUUUCCAAAAAUAAAUCAUGCCGAUUAUAGGAGAUACCGAAAGGUGUGCCGAGUGUGUCGUGUUACUGAGCGUCAUCUUGCACAGCUCUGGAAUGUCUCUGAUUUUUAUUUAUUAUAAAGCAGGUAUGAAUGAGUCAGUGUAGUUUUGGGGCUUAGUUGGAAAGAGUGAGCAGGAUGUGGUGCACUCACUGGAGCAUAUCAGUCAAAGCAUGCCUAAUGCCACCUACGCUAGGUUUUUAAGCUGUUGAAGAGAUCUGAAAGUUUUAGUGGAUUGCAUUAAUGAACGUUCGCUGUUUGAUGAGUCAGGUGAGCUCACCAUUGGUUAAAGGCAUUACAUUAGCAGACAGGCAGGUGCUAGGUCCCUCACAGUGCUGGGUGAUACGACAAUAUUAUUUUUUUUGAAUAUCAUAAGAUUGCUGUGUUUUUAAAAAAAAUAUAUAUAAUAAAAUAAAAAUUUUAAACUCUAUUAUUGCAUACAAAGUGGUACAAAAAUCGAUUUGUCAUUUAUUGGCACUUUAAUUAAACAAAAUAUCGUGAUUCAUACCCUGCGUAGUAAACACAUGAUGUUUUUGCCUCAUACCACAGCGCCGAUCAGUUCCGAUUGGUCGGAAGGUGUUGAUUCAUUUUGUAGAACAGCAGCAGUUCCCAUUGCAAGGGUUCUAUUAAUGCACUCGUCCUAAUACACCUCUGUGAUGAUGAUAUCAACGCACACGGUGACGUGUACGGCGGAUGAUGUACGUAACGUAAUCGUUGAUGUUCAUGUAACAUUUAUGGAAGGAGUCUCCAGUGUCAGCGCUUUGUAACAGUCAGAAGUAAAAGCUGUGACUUUACGUUUUCCGCCGUGGGAAAGUCCUUCAGUACGGACAACGAUAUGUUGUCAGAUUUUUCAGUAACAUACUAAGAAGCUGCACGGUUUGGUCUUAUUAACUUUGAGAGAAAGAGUAACAGGAACUUGUUUCGAAGACAUUCCACGGUAUUCAAUGUGAUGAUGGCCAGAUUAAAAAGUAUGCCGUGUUGUUGUUUAAUGAUUCCAAAUCGGCAUAUUGCUCUGGUACAAGAGGUACAAAGUACUUGAGUACAUGAAGACUGAAGUAGUACAUACUUUUCUGUCGGGCUGCAUCACACCAUGGCAGAUUAUUGACUGUUUUCCUAGAACACCACGCCCCAAUGUGUUUACUUGUUGCACCGUCCUUGUGCUUCCUCGAGGCAUUCCUCACGUUCACCCUUCUCUUUUCAAGUACGUGAAGGAGGAAAUGAGCUCGCCAGUUCUCUGGACCAGCCUUAAGUUCUCAGUCAUCACACACCAGCACCUCAUUAACCAGCUGCCUGGACUGUCGCUAGAGAUAAUGUUAUAAUUGCGUGUCAUAGCGUCGAGUCGACUACCAGCCAAUCUGUGCGUGUGUGAGAAAUAGAAGCAGCGUGAGAGCGUGGGUGUGAAAUCCAGAAAGCGGCUUUCUCAUUACACGCUCGUUUGUUCAGCAGAACUAUUCGCCCCCAAGCAGGAAGUCGAAAAUCCUGACUUUCAUGUUGUUGUAGCCCAGUACUGUGAUUGGGAUUCUGUAUUCUACAUUUACAACAAGUCUUGAUGCUAAAUAAAAUAUGCAGAGCUAAUUAGUCAUGGCAGCGCAAAAUUUAUUUAUUUAUUUUAAAUAUAUAUAUAUAUAUAUAUAUAUAUAUUUUUUUUUUUUUGCUUUUAUCGAAGCUCCCACUGCAGCCCAAGUCUUUCAGGAUCAAAAAGCACAAAUAUACGCAUCGCUGCCUUCUUGGAGAAAUUCCACACUGUGUAAAAAUUGCGCUCUCAGCCGUGACAAAAGUGCCAAAAAUCCGACCCGAACUGAUGUUCAGAGUAAAAAAAAAAAAAGUAACAAAACGACCCAAGGUUGCUGUGAAUUUGCACUGUGUGUGUAUGUACAUAUGAGUUAUCUCACAGGGCUUAGUAAUACAAACACAGCUGAGAAAGAGUGCAUGUUUCUAACACAAACUUACUACUUUCUCACGAACGAACACAAAGGCCGAUUCGACUUUGUGGGAAAGAAGCGGCACAGGGUGAGGGUGAGGACAUCCACCCAGGCGGAGGAGUAGAAAUGUCUUCUCCUCACAGAGCUCCCAGUCCUCGUCGCAUCAAAUGCAGUUUGGGCUUGACAGCGACCGUCUUCUUUCUGGGUUUAGCUAAACGAGCUUGCGUCUAUAUGCUUGAAUUGUACAGAAUGGACACCGAGGCACUGUUACACAUUGGCCGUCGUAAUCGAUUAUAAAUGAUCUGUUUAAUGUGAUGAUUAGUGGGUUUUACAUUACCACAGACUGUCAGAUCCUCGAGUCAUGGAUUUAAUCCAAAUGAGAAGGCUAGAGGUGUUCGAUCGAUGUGAGGAUUAAAACUUUUCUUCCACUGAACACUGACACUCUUGAAUUGAACGCAGUGGCACAGUUUGCAGUCGGAUUGUUUAGAACGAACAGAUUCCUGUUUUUAUAGAUUUUUAUAGAUAGCAGGGAAUAUUUAAACAUGGGAAAUUUAGAUAAGGUUGAAAUAUACGCGUGAAUUGAUGUGGAUGUCGUAAAUGAUUCAUGACGUAUGCGAAUUUUCUAGGAUGUAACUGGUUUCAACUGGUUUCUCCUGCAGCUUUAGGAGCACUUACACAGCUGAUGAUUUUAUUUUAUUUUUUAUCCAUAAUACCCUGUUGCUCUAGAAACCUCAUUUCGAUGAGCUCUUGCUACAUCUAAAUAAUUACUUAUGUACACUGCUGCUACGCCAUAUAUUCACUCGGGUCCGAUGUCUGAGACCAUUGGCUGCGAUUUAUUUAUUUAUUUAUUUUAUUUUCCCAUUUAAGACUGGAUAUAUAUAAAUAAAAAAAAAUAAAGCUUUCGAACUUGUUUUAGAAAAAUCUAGAAAAUAUCUUCUUAGGAUUCUGUCUAUGCCACUAUUCAAAUGUGAGCACGUUGGUGAUAUUGACCACGAGCACUUCUUUGUACAAAAGGUCAAAUUUUCCUUGCGUCUUAUCCCUUCGUUUGAAACGCGCGUUCAGGCGUCACUCCGAUGGAUUUGUUCUAACGUGGAUCGUCACAAGUUUUACACAAACUCGUGGAGUCCAGGCCAGCUUGAGUGCAUACUGUUGUUAAAGCAAAAACACUACGAAAUUCACUCAAGUUGUUGCGGAUGAUAUUACUUGUAAUGAAAAAGUUGCGUUCAAUUAAAUAAAUAAAUAAAUAAUGGAAACGUCUGUGCUAUUGGUCUCAGACGUUUGGACCCCGCUGUGCGGAGAGUGUUAGCAAAUGAGGCCGGUAAAGCCGUAGGAGUCUGAACUUUUGUUAAUGUUUGAUCAGACAUCACACACACAGAGACUCUUGCUGUGAAUUUGAGUUUUUUCCUUCUUAACGAGCGAGCUGAUUAUCGCGAUUGUACCAGCUGUCACUCAGUGCAAAUGGCUAAAAAAAAAAUUGUGUAAAUGGUCUGUUCAUUUUAUUGCACAGUUUUCACAAAAACGUAUCAUUUUAAUGUUUUAUUUUUUAUAAUAGUUGCAGUGUAUAGUUUUCCUCAUAUAAAGAUGUGCUCCAAGGAUACGUUAAUUACCGGAAGGUAAUGAUUUAUACAGAGCUAUGACAUUACAAAGGAGUAGUGAAAAUACUGACUGAUGCAAACUUUCACACAGAUGAAAAUGAAAUAUAAUAUAAAAUGAAAUGAAAUACUCCUGUAGUUUUAACCUGAUCUGAUGCUGCGCGUGUGUGUGUGUGUGUGUGUGUGUGUGUGUGUGUGUGUGUGUGUGUGUGUGUGUGUGUGAUUGCCAAAGACUCUCAUUUACGCACGUUUCUCCAAAUACUCAUCGUGACCGAGUUAUCCCAAAUUCACAACCACGUCCGUUACAUUCCAACAGUUCUUAAAUCCACCGAUUCUAUAAAAUUCGAACUAAAAAUUAUUAUAUCACUAUAAUGAUUCAAAAUGACUAUAAUAAUUCUAAAUCUACAGAUAAUUCUAGAUGUUCUAAUUCCAAUUAUUAUAACCAAUGAUCUUGAAUAUAUAUAUUCUAACUCUAACGUGCUUCUAACGAUUAUAACUAUUAAGUAUAGCCAUAAGCAGCGAUCAUCGGGGCCAAGCACUGUAAACGAACAGGAAUACUGCCCCCAGUGGGUAAUUUUCAUGACUUGACUAGUGCGUCCCUACAGGAACCUAGCAUUCAAGUUUCAUGACAGUAGGUCAAGGGUAACGCUGUUAAAUGUUUUAAAGUAAUCAGGUCAUCAUCAAAGGUACACUUACAGAAAUGCACUUGUACCAAAUUUCAGCUCAAUACGAUGUAUGGUUCCUAAGAAACAGUUAGUUGAAUUUAGCCCCACCCCCUAUGUACGGCCACUCCCGAAACUUUGCAUAUGACCUCAGAAUUUUGUCAUUACACAUUGAGUAAAUGUUUAAGCUCUGCUUCAUAAAUGGUGAUUGGCAUGUGACAGCCAUAUUGUUUACAAGUGUCGACAUGUUUUUGGUAGUGGUUGAGGUUUCCACUAUCGUGAGUAGUUUGACUCCAAUUUUGUGAACACCCCCCCACAAAUAUAUUUUGAGAUCCGAAGGAAUCAGUGGAAAAAAAAAAAAAAAAAAGAGUUUCUUUGUAGGACUUAGGGUUCAUAAAGUGUGAACGUUUACCAAAACAUAAAACCUUCUGCUAUUGCACCAACAUCAGGCCUAUGUGUGUCCCUUUGAGUGUCAGAGUAGUGGGGGGCAUUCCACACCUUCCCUCUAAAUUUGGUGUUUUUAUGACAUAUGGUCUUUGCUCUCCAUAUCGUUACAGCAGAUAAUAAGAAUAAUAAUAAGGAUAAUAAAAAUCCUAACAAUAGGGUUCCAGGACCUUCUGUGUUUGACCUCCUAACGAUUCUAUAUAUAACGACUCUUAAUCUAAUAAUCCUGAAGAUUCCAACUAAAGAUUCCACCUUUAAGGAUUUUAAAUAAAAGGAUUCUAAAUAUAACGUUUAGAACGCGAAUGAUUCUAAAUCUGACCGUCGUAAUGAUUCUCACUAAGAAUUCUACAUCAGUCGAAUCCGUGUGUAAAAAUUCUUACCUACAGAUUUGAACUCGAAUGAUUCUAACCAUUCUAAAUCUAACAGUGUGAACGAUUCUAACGUUAACCCAUCUAAAUCUAAGUACGAGAGAGACACGGGAGAAAGUCUUAACCAAGCUGUCCCUCUGGAGUUUUAUCCAGGUUGCUAUGGAGCGAUACAGUAAAAAUAAAUAAUGAAAAAAUUCGAUUCAUGUAUUCUGAACAUUUCGUAGUGUCCCUGCUUGAUUAGGUAAAUAAAACGACACUGGGAACGCAUAACCACAACUUCUUCUCUCUGAAAAACUUAGUGGCGUCUCUUAAAGGGCAGAUUAUACAGAUUUAGAGCUUCCUAAGUGAUACAUGUUCUACAGAUAUAUGUUAUGUUUCGCGUAAAUGUUUAUUGACGCACCGUCAACUGUCCUUGGACUUCUAGAAUAAGUGAGAUUUUCUGGUCUUUUUUCAGGAAAACGUGUGUGCAUUCUUAUCUGGGGUAAUCUCUCUCUCUCUCUCACACACACACACACACACUAACUACAGAUACCCUGGAUAAGUAUUUCUUUAAGAGUGCAAUUACUGAAAUGAAAUGCGAUUGUAAUUUCCGACGUACUCAAGUGACAGGCACACUGACAAAAACAAAGGUUUUUAACCGUACAUUCAUUAUUGUUAAAAUCAUGCAAAUCACAGUCCUUUGGUGAGCCAUAAAGCUUCUGUGUGUUUUGACAAUCAUGAUUUCACGCUGCUCUGUAGACCUCCUUACUGCAUGCACUGCUGUGUGGGGUGAGGACUUGGAGUCUGGAGCUGUUACUGUGAGAUGAGUUGAUUAUGAAUGUGAAGGUAUGUUGUUUGGACUUUACAUGCCCUGGGCUUGGUUUCCUGAAAGCACUGUAGCUUAAGAUUCAUAUUCGAGAAAGCUUUUAUGUGAUAUUCCCUUUGCUGUUUAUUUCAUGUUUGUCACAAUAAAAUGCCACAAACUA